UCAUUUACCUAGCUCAUAUCAUUGCAGAAUUAUAGAGGAGAGAAAGGGAAAGGGGGAGAGAGAGAGAGAGAUGGAUCCUCACCGCUCUCCAUUUCAUGCUCAUGAUGAUCUAUUGUUGGUUGCAAUUGUGAUGAUUUUGGUCUUUGUUAUGUUUGGGAGGGUUUUGUUCGCUUGCUAUGUUUUGCCUACGCGGUUCCAUAGUAAGCUUAGGAAGAGCGGGUUCGGGGGGCCGAGCCCUAUGUUUCCUCUAGGAAAUAUAGGAGAAAUGAAAAAGGGUAAUUCUAACUCUGUUGUCGUCGGAUCAUCCAAGACGACGGAUAUAAUACAUCAUGAUAUCCACGCCACCGUCUUUCCUUACUUUUCUCGAUGGCAGAGGUUGCAUGGGAAGGUGUUUGCAUAUUGGCUUGGAACGGAGCCAUUCCUUUACAUAGCAGAUCCGAAUUUCUUGAAAGAGGUGGCGGGGGGAAUGUUGGGGAAGAGUUGGGGGAAGCCAGGAGUGUUUAAGAAGGAUAGGGAGCCAAUGUUUGGGAAUGGACUCCUAAUGACCGAAGGCGAUAAGUGGGUUCAUCGUCGGCAUAUCAUUACUCCUGCUUUCUCCCCCUCCCACUUGAAGGAAAUGGCAAUCCUAAUGGUGGAAUCCACAACAAAAACAAUAUCCAGGUGGUCAGCCCUAAUGGAUUGUGGUAAGCUUGAAAUUGAUGUCGAGAAGGAAUUCACAACACUAGCUGGGGAGAUCAUUGCACGGUCAAGUUUCGGCAUCAGCCCAGGAGACUGCAAGAGAGUGCUCGAGAAGUUAAGAGCUCUCCAGUUCACUCUCUUCAACUCGAAUCGAUAUGUAGGCGUACCAUACAACAAGUUUGCGUACCCUCACAAAACCCUAAAGGCAAAAAGGCUGGGGAAGGAGAUCGAUGCCCUUCUGAUGGCAAUCAUCACCGAUAGGGUGAACUCUUCCACUGUAAAUACACAGCGGGACUUGCUUGGGUUGUUGCUCGAGGAAAACCAUCGUGGAGUAGAUGGCCGGCACCAUGGCAAGAAGCUCACUACAAGAGAGCUCGUUGAUGAAUGCAAGACAUUCUUCUUUGGCGGUCACGAGACAACGGCUCUGGCCCUGACAUGGACUCUGCUUCUACUUGCCAUGUAUCCAGAGUGGCAACAGCAAUUGAGAGAGGAGAUCGAACACGUGGUCGGGGAUAAAGAGCUCGACACAGCCAUGCUUCCUGGGCUAAAGAAGAUGGAUUGGGUUAUGUACGAGGUUCUGCGCUUGUACUCCCCGGCCCCAAACGUGCAGAGACAGGCAAGGAAAGAUAUCCGUAUCCACAGCAACAUGGUUAUCCCGAGCGGAACAAACAUGUGGAUCGAUGUAGUGUCCAUGAACCACGACCCUGACCUGUGGGGAGAAGAUGUGAAUGAGUUCAGGCCCGAGAGGUUCAAAGACGAUACCAGUGGCAGGUGCAGGCACAAGAUGGGGUUCUUGCCAUUCGGGUUCGGGGGAAGGAUGUGCAUUGGCCGGAACCUGAUGAUGAUGGAAUACAAGGUUGUCCUGUCCAUGAUCCUCACUCGGUUCUCGUUCUGUGUGUCGCCGAGCUACCGCCAUUAUCCGUUGAUCAUGCUCUCCCUUAGGCCGGCCCAUGGGCUGCCUCUCAUCAUCCAAUCCCUCUACUAGGCCUCCAUCGAACACCGGACGCCAUCUCGGACCGUGGGCUUCCUUCCAGAAACAAACCCCUUAGGCCCAUGUGGAACCCAGUCUUCAUAAGGAUUUGUUGUUCUUCAUUCCAGUGUAUUAAGCCCUGUAUUGCCUUAAGUAUUUAUUGGAUAAUAAUGAAUAAUUAGUUGUAAA